AACAGCUCUCAACCUUCCUAUCGUCUGUCUCUCGCCAAGCCGGAAGCAAGAAAGCAGAUUCUUACGAGGGAACCAAGCGACUGAGCAAAAUCAAUGGCGCUGACACCGUCUGCAUCCGCCGUCUCGUUCUCCGCCCGCCCGUCGGUGCGAACCACGACGUUCCGGCCGCGCGCCUCCGCAGACGCCAAGCGUGUGCGCGCGGGAGCACCCAAUGGAGGCAAGUGGUGGGCGCCGCUGGUCGGGUGGUCCGGGCGAGCGGACUACCUCGAGGCCGCGGCGCCGGCGAUGACGCCGGUGGUGGCGGGGGAGGAGGAGGACAAGGCGGGGAGGUCGUUCGUGGGCAGGCUGACGGAGGAGAAGGCGCGGCAACUCCGUGCGCGGAUGGCGGAGAUGGAGAGCUUCCACGACGCCAUGUACCACUCCGCCAUCGCCUCCCGCCUCGCACGCACCGCCUAGCUAGGAACCUACCUACCAACCAGCUCGCCGGCACCGUCAGACAGUCUGAAGGGCCCGUGCGUGCCAGCGUACAUAACUGUUCCUCCCUACCUGUACAGAAGCGGGUAGCCUACUCGUACAGAAGCAACCAGCCCACUCGCCGACGCCACCAGAGACUAGACAAGCUGAAAAUACUGUUAGGAAUCAAUUAGCCUUAGUUUACGGCUGAUUAGGCAGUUAUUAGGUUGCCUAGCAUAUUCUACUUAGCAGUUAAAAUCUUUAGAUUUUGUUCAAUCAUUAUGCAAAGCGAACUGUUGUGUUCUUUCCAAAGAGACACAAUCUUGUAACCAACAUGUACUCAUGACUAUUCAGAAACUAUAAAUACUUACAUGCCCAUCAAUAAAGAUCA